UAGACGGAAAAGGAUCUUAAGUUUCGUUAUGCAGUGUCGUCGAAAAUGUCUGGACUGUCAGAAACAGAACGAGCUGGAUGUACAAAGUUACUGCAGUCUCUGUCAAAAGACGAUGUAUUCUCACUCAGUGACACAGUGACGAACAAGCUGAUAGUUGUGGAGAAUGUGACAGAGGCCAUUGGAGCAAUUAUCACCUUUACUAAAAAUGCUGAAGAGUUCCUGAAAAGGAAGAAGGUUCAUCGCGACCUCAUAUUUAAAUACCUUGCCAAUGAAGGUGUGGUGAUGCCCCCAAACAGCGAGAAAAACAAGCUGGUGAAAAGGACCCUGGAGCUCUGGUCUUCUGGGAAGGCUGGGGUUGACCAAAGCCUUCCAGGAGAAACAGAUGACACCAAACAGAGACUGACAUCAGACACAGAUAUCGUGAAGGCUGAGGUGGGCUUUGACCCGCUGGUGCUCGGCCAGCAGUUCUGCCAGUGGUUUUUCCCACUCUUAAACAGCCAGAACCCCUCUCUGGGCCAGCCGCCUCAGGACUGGGGACCAAAACACUUCUGGCCUGAUGCGAAGCUAUGCCUUCUCUCCAGAGCUGGCAGCGAGCAGAUGGAGGAUUUCCUGGGGGCUGAGCUGGUCAGCCUGCGUCUCCUGGCUCUGACCCGGGACGAGCAGCUCCUCCUCAGCCCCAACCUGGAGCCCCAGGGCCUCAGGACCCUGGCCUCCCCCCACGGCCUGGUGCUGGUGGCAGUAGCCGGGACCAUCCACAGAGACGGAGCUUGCCUGGGCGUGUUUGAGCAAAUAUUUGGCCUCAUCCGCUCCCCGCUGGAGAACAACAGCUGGAAGAUCAAGUUCGUCAACCUGAAGAUCAGAGGGCAGGACUCUCUGGGGGGUGCAGAGACGGCAGCGCCCGCCUUGACUUACAACUCCACUGAAUUGCAACUUCUCUACAGUUGAUGAGACACUUUAUUUGUUGAUUUUUAACAUGUCAGGAUGUAGGGUUAGGUUCUCGCUGUUUCAUCUAAAUCUACUCGGCAUAUUGUUGAUGUAACAUGAACACAGGAAAAAAACUUGAGAAAACAAAUAUUGUUUUCGGCUUUCCAGAAAAUAUAAGUUUGCUGCUUGUUGUUGUGGAAACAUUUUAUUUAACUUUAUACUGUACUUUUAACGUUUUGCUUUUUCAUCUUUUGCCUUACUUAAAAUACAAUGUAAAUACAGACAUGAAUGGGCUUUUGUAUAUAUGUAUCAAAAUAAAUAAAUGUAGGUAUA